AUGUCAAUGGGAAACGGCGUAUUGAAGGGCACAGAUGUUCCUCAUGCGACGUCUAGCGCCACCCCAUCGAUUCUGGACGAAGCGUUGGUUGGCUCGCCGCCCGCAUCGGCAGCACUCGAAACCGAAAGAGCCGCCAACUUGAACGCCGAACCCUCAGGGUCGCAAGGUCACGACGCAUGCGAACAGGGUACUGCUGGUAACGCCCGGCCCACGACCAUCCAAAUAGAGGACUCUCCCCGGCCUGCCCAUCGACUGCCACGACCGCCGAUCCAGCGACAGCCGUCGGCGUUGCAGCGCAUGGCGUCCGAAGUCAAGGCCCGCCUCGGUGGCGGCGAGCACCAGCGCGAAUGGACCGUGUUCGAAGGCGCGAUGGCGCAUGACCGCGAACAGAAUAAGACGACCUCUGUCAGUCUACGACGCCCGACGAAUAUGCGUAGCCAGAGCAGCUUCUACGCAGACCCGGCGCUGAACUUGAUUGACAAUGUGUCGGACGCCCCGACGCGAGCGGCGAGUCCGGUCUUUGACGAGACUGUGGCACACGAGCGUUAUGAUCCCAGCGACGAAGGCGAAGACGGGGAGGCUGAGGAGGAGGCGGGCGAAGGCAGCUCCCAAUCGGACGACGAGGAUACUCAGACCUCAGAGUCGUCUGCGGACGGUUCGCGAGAACGGCCCGAUGUCCCGCUGUGGCGACGAGUUGUGCACACAGUCUCCGGCUUCAGACUCACGCCGUUGCAAAAGAAUAUACUCAAGUGCAGCAUUGCGUACUUUAUCGCGAGCUUGUUCACCUACAACCGCGCGUUGAGCCACUUUGUGGCCAUCAUGCAGGAUGACGGGCCGGACGGGAGAAGGUACCCAAACCCAAGUGGACAUAUGGUUGCUACAAUUGCUGUGUACUUCAAUCCCGCCAAGACGGUCGGAGGGAUGAUCGAAGCAGAUAUCUACUGCCUCAUCUCCUUGGCCUGGGUCGCCUUCAUCUCGCUGGUCAGCAUGAACCUCUACUGGGCGUUCGAGACGCAUGCCGGUUGGGAGUGGCUCGCCGAUAUCCUCGCCAUACUUUGGGUCGGCCUCGGCAUGUCCUCUGUAGCGUGGAUGAAAACAUACAUGGCGAAACCGACGUUCAACACCGCCUGCAGCAUGUUCUCUAUCAUCCUCUUCGUCGUCGUGGUCAAAGAGGGAGGGCUGCCGACGCUCAUUGGUGUCGCCUUUAUCGUCCUGGUCGGGAGUCUGGUCGCCAAUGCCGUCUGCUACAUCGUAUGGCCGCAGAGCGCGACGGCGAAGCUCGAGGGCGCUAUGAUCACCACCCUGGACUCCUACAGCACGCUCUUACGCUUGCUCACGAACACGUUCCUACUCGAAGAGCCUCUUCACAAGCUCAGCCACGACCGCAUCCAAGCUGCGGUGGCCGCACAUCAGUCUGGCUUCACCGCGCUAAAGAAGCACUUGUCAGAGGCCAGGAGUGAGGCCGUCUGCGGUGGGCCUCGCGGACGCACGAAGAGACCAUACGAAGAUGCCGUGGACGCACUCACUCGCCUCGGACAACAUCUCAACGGUCUACGAUCCGGCAUCACCCUGCAAUACGAUAUUGCUCGAGCGUACCGCGACGGUACACUAGCUAAGCGCCGGCGUGCGAAACGCGGCGCCUCUAAGGCACGCGCGUCUACGAAAGGGCCGGGCUCGAUCCAUACGAAGGCGGACUCGCCGGUAUACAAGGCAGAGGACGAGGAGACGGUCAUGAUCAAGAGCGUUGCGGCUAUGUUUGGUGAUCUUGUGGAUGAGCUUGGGCCGCCGCUGCAUGCUUUGAGCAGGACGUGUACGAACGCGAUCAAGCGUGUGCGUGAGGCAUUUACCGCGAGGUCAUCCCUGUCUCCGUCCCAGUCGGAGAUGCUCUCGGUCGAGUUCCUUGAACUCGUGGACGGGAUCGAGAAGCAACUGUUCCGCUUCGAGAGCACGAUCAAUCAGGCUGUCCUCAAGCUCUACACUCGCUCUGGUGUCCCUCCUCCUCCGAGCGGUGCCACUAUGUUCACCACGGAUGGCAACGGAGGGCUACCAUUCCCUCCGGGUACACCUGGCAAGACGCGUGUGCCGACCAGUGCGAGUCGCGCGAGCGUCGCGAGCGGGUUCGGCGCAGACAACCCGAUGUUUGCGGGCGGGGAGAACGAGAACGUGUUCUUGGUCUACUUCUUCAUCUUCACGCUCCAGGAGUUCGCCGCCGAGCUCGUCAACCUCGUUGAUGCCAUGGCACGUAUCUGCGCCGCCGAGCGCGCACGCGGACCGUGCUGUCUUCUUCCAUGGUACAAGCGCUGGCCCACACACAUCCUCGCACGCUCUCCGUGGCGACACAACUCCCACAAGCGGCGCAAGACGGCCACCACCACCUCCACGUCAUACGGAACCCUGAACGGCGGUAUCCCCGAUCAUCGCAAGUCCCAGCGAUCUCUCUCCGAGUACUUCGUCUCUGCAUCCCCAGCAAGCCGCGUGGCGGCGUACUUCCCCAAGGUCCGACCGCAUGCGCCGAAUACGAUGUCUACGCCGUCCACUGCUGCGUUGUCGUUCUAUGGUCGUGCAAAACAGCUGGCGUGGCGCGUUGGUGCGAGAGCGCGCGAAAGCGAUGUCAAGUAUGCUGUCAAGGCUGGGAUGGCCACUGCUAUGCUUGCUGCGCCGGCGUUCUUCGAGGCGACACGACCGACGUUCAUGGAGUACAGAGGAGAAUGGGCUUUGAUCUCGUUCUUCGUUGUACUAAGCCCGACCAUCGGCGCGACGAACUUUCUGAGCGUACAUCGUGUGCUGGGUACCCUAUUCGGCGCUGCAGUCGCCGCAGGCAUCUACACCCUCUUUGCCGAUCAUCCGGUUGUCCUCGCCAUCUUCGGCUUCCUGUUCAGUAUCCCGUGCUUCUACUAUAUCGUCGCCACACCUCAAUAUGCGACCACGGGUCGCUUCGUGCUCCUGACGUACAACUUGACGUGCUUGUAUAGCUACAACAUUCGGAGACGUGACAUAUCCGUGCUCGAUAUCGCGUACCAUCGGUUCAUCGCUGUUACUGUCGGCGUACUGUGGGCCGCUUUCGUCUCACGGUUCUGGUGGCCUGCCGAAGCGCGGCGCGAGCUCAGCAAGUUGCUCGGAGAGUUCUGCUUGAAUAUGGGAUGGCUGUAUACGCGUCUUGCUGCGAGCAACUCUUUGAAUGCCGAAGAUGCGCAGGCGCUGGUCGUAACUUCGGAUGAUGACGAUGAGCAGACGGAGGAGAGCGCGCUUGUACCGAGGCGUCGGAAGACGGUGCUGAGCAACUCGGUGGAGGAAUUCAUGGCUAUGGAGUUACACCUCCAGCUCCAGCUGAUCAAGCUCCAGGACCUCCUCAAACAAACCGCGCACGAACCGCGUCUCAAAGGCCCCUUCCCCGUGCCCCUCUACCGCAACAUCCUCGCAAGCCUCCAGACGAUCCUCGACAGGCUGCACAGCAUGCGCUGCGUCGCCUCGCGCGAAGAAUGGCACACCUCCGUCCGGCGCGACUUCAUCGUGCCCGUGAACCGCGAGCGGCGCGAGAUGGUCGGCAACAUCGUGCUGUACUUCUCCGUGCUGGCUUCGGCGUUCAGACUCAAGGCGCCGUUGCCGCCGUAUUUGCCGCCCGCGGAGAACGCGCGGCUUGCGCUUGUUGAUGCGAUAAGGGGGCUGGAUGUGGUGAGGAAUAGAGAGACGAAGGGGAGCAGGCAGCUGUUGUUCUUUGCGUAUGCGCUUACGAUGCGCGGGAUCACGCAUGAGCUGGACUUUUUGGGGAGGACGAGUCAGGAUGCGUUUGGGGUUAUUGGGCCGGGGGUGGAGGCUUUUGAGGAGAUGUUCCGGGAGGAGGACGAGAGGAGGGCUAGGAUGGCGUAG